AUGGUCGUCUCUGCCACCUACACCCCGCACAUAGAGCGAGAGGACCCCUUCAGCCUCGCCGGCUUCUUCCCAAGCCCCUUUUAUGCGCCCGCGCUCGAGGCCGCGCCCAGAGCACACGAAUGGGACUGGUUGCGCGCGUCCACCGAUGACGACGACGUGCCAAUUGAAUACCUCUCUGGGCGCGUUUCCCCCAUCUCCAGCGAUGACGACUGGUCGGUGCACACCCCAAGCCCGCACGACCUCGAGGACGCGUUCUCGCGGGUGAACGACUUCGAGGAGGAGACAAUCAAACGAGAGGACAAGCUGGGAGUUUUGGAAUUCAGCAGUGACACGCUCUUCCUGGCCUCGCGCCGGCCCGAACCUUAUGUCGACGACCGAUUGCUCUCGCCCUACACGCAGCCAGGUGACCCGUUGGAUGCUGAUGCAGUCUACGACGCUCUUCGGGCGCUGCGUACGGCACACAGUCUUCCGAAGGGGUCAGCUGCCGGGCACUGGGGAGCGCUCGUCUCCUGGGGUGUGAGCCGGGUAGUAGAUUAUCUGUCUCCCGUUUGA